AUGCCACGACGAAAAUAUGUUGUACAUGAACCAACACCGGAUGAUGCAAGUAAAUCGCUAAACUCAACAUCAAAUCUUCGAGAUAAACCGUUUCUCGUACGAGUUAAGUGGUGUAUGUCAGAAUUUCUCGCUGUUACGGCAGCAGCAGCGGCUCGAAUAAUCUUCGCUGUACACGGUAUUGCGGCGAUCUGGCGGGUUGCGCUUGUUUAUAAACAAAAUAAAUACUGGUUUCAAGCAAUAACAUUAUUCGGAAUUCCCGUGGAAUUUUUCGUGACACUGUAUAUGAACAAUGGCCAUGAAUGGAAAUGGUUUUGUCCGUCUGUAUUUUUCUAUUUGUGUACCGUUAUACCAAGUGUGUGGUUUCUCGAACUUGAUCUAGCCGAAAGACGAUUAAAUUUCAAUGUUACGCAAGCAUUAGGAUUGAUUCCAGCUAAUUCUGAUGUUGAUGAUUCGUUACCGCUUGUUCCAUGGAAAAUUCCCGCGGAGAUGUGGACACAAAUAGUCGAGCAAACGCUUCUUCUCGUUCUCAUUAUUGGACGUUGGUUACUACCUGUCGGAAAAACAAUGACACGUGAUCAGCUUUCUCAACUAUUACUUGUUUACAUUGGUACAGCAGCGGAUAUCAUUGAAUUGUUCGAAGCAUUUAAAGAACAUGAUGUUCAACGGAAUUUGACUAUUAUUCAUUUGAUUCUGGCGGCAUGGUCAAUAAGUUUGAUGCAGUUUACUCUGGUUGUGACAUCGACAAAAACACGGAUGAAGAAUAAUUCGAAAGAGUUAGAGAAAUGUUUUAGUUGUCAGUUGUUUUGGGAAACUGAGUUAUGGGCACUUUCUAGUACAAUUCUUCUUCAAGAUGGUCCAUUUCUUUGUCUUCGACUCGGUUUGAUUAUUCAUUAUAAGAUCAUCUCUCAAUCGAAUGUGUUUUUCACCACGAAAAAUCUACUCGUUGUUGUUUUACAACUUUAUCGUGUUUGUGUCAUUAUUAUCGAACAUCGAAAACGUCAACGUUUAGCUCAUUUACAUGAAAAAAGCCAACAACAACCGACUUUACCAAAAAAAUCUCCAACACAACGAAAAGACAGGUCCGGAACAUUAACCUCGAAAUCGACGAAAAAUUCAUCGAUACAAUCCAUACCCAUGACGAAUAUUCGAUCCAAAGAUAGUUCUACUGAUAUCACUACAAUAGGAAAUACCGAUCCCUUACCUCGCCGACUACAAACUACAAACUCCAGCGUAUCAUUACCACCUUUACCACCACCUCGACCGAAGAGUUCGCAUUCCAAUUCAUUAAUAACUGUUACUCCAAAUAAUUCAAAAAUCUGCACAUCAGUAUAG